UGACAAUGCGGUGCAACUCAGAGGGCGGUGUUGUUUGUAUAGCUUGAUGCGCUGGCAAAUCGGGACGCCUUCACCAAGGCCAGAUCGCCAAGUGCAUGAUGCAUGGUGGUGGUGGAUGUGUCGAGUCGCUGGCCGCACGGGUGGGUUCAGCUACGUAACGACAUCAACUGGCUCACCUUCGAGAGAGCGUCUUUGAAUGCGGCACAAUGGCUGAGGCCGAGCGCGCUGGUGGUGUACAAGGAGACCUGGAAAAGGAAUUGACGUGCUCGAUCUGUACCGACCUCCUCUACCAACCGCUCACGCUCCUCGACUGCCUGCACACCUUCUGCGGCGCCUGCCUCAAGGAAUGGUUUGCAUUCCAGGCCUCGACUGCGACCUCGAUACACCCAUACACCUGUCCCUCUUGUCGCGCCUCAGUACGCAUCACGCAGCCCAAUGCGACCGUCACCACGCUACUCGACAUAUUCCUAAAGGCGAACCCAGAGCGAGGCAAGAGCGAGGAAGAGAAGCAGGCUGAUAGGGAGAAGUUCAGACCUGGCGACAAUGUGCUGCCCAAGUUGCGGCGGAGAGACGAGCGCGAUGAGGCUGACCGGAGAAUGCUCGAGGAGGUACAGCAGCUGAGUCUGAGGGAGGUGGGCAUAUCGGGUGGGAACAGUAGCCAUCUAGAGCCGCCGAGAGAACGUAGGAGGCGGGAGAGAAGUCGCGACGGGAGCAGAGAGUCGCGCAGGAGUCGAGACGAAAGGCGGUCUACAAGCCGGAAUCCGCCAGGCGCUUCCCCGUCCAGAGCAGUUAUACCACCGAGGGCUGUCGAGCACCAGUCUAGCCUGCGAUCACUACUCAGCGCAUCCGAACUCGACUCGGACGACAUUGAUGAAGAUCUUGUGCGCCACGUGCUGGAGGAGCUCGUUGCUGAGGGCGUGGACCUGAACCAGAUUGGUCCCUCGCAAGAAGACGACAUCACGGAGAGAUUGGCGGAAGCCGUGCGAAGACGCCAGGCUGAGCGACACGCAGAGCGACAACGUGAGAGACGAGAAAGACGAGAUCGCAUAGCAAGAGAGGGACUGAGUAGCUCGUCUUCAUCAUCGCUCCCUCAGCAAGUGCGCAGCCCUCCCACGCGUGACGAAGAAGCUACUCGUAGGAGAGCCCAUGGACAGUCGGAAAGUGGAUCAUCAACGCCUCAGAUUGCCGCAGGCCCUCCCAUUUCCCGACCAGGUCUCAUUGACGCUGCGAACCGAGGCGGUCGAUCCCAUCAUCAGCGAUCUUCGAGUCAAGGAAGCUCGCGAUCAGCACGGAGAGCAGAGCGUUCUGUCGCCCUCUCAGUUGCCUCGACCACGCAAAGCAAUGCUAACAAUGAGCGGCCAUCAACUUCGGAGAGUGCACCUGGACCGAGACGCCGUCAGUCUGACGAUCAGCAAAGAAGCAGGCUCGACGCACGACAGCAGUUUCGAAAUAGUCUCCAAAUCAGUGCAUCGUCCAGUCCCAACUCACCUCGAACGUUAAACUUCAACAUACCUACUAUUGACAGCCCGACCAGCUCUUUGGCUGUAGUCGGUGGCCCUGCACAGUCAGCCUCAACACCCGCAAUUACCCCCUUCCAACCUCCGUCAUUGCGCCGUACUACAGAUCCUGCCAGAGCCGUACAGCCACGUUCCUCCAAUAGCGGAACACCCCCUGCGAUUUCAUCUCCUAACUUUCCUCGCUCUAUCACCGACCCAGUUGCAAAUGAACCUCGGGCAAGGCAGACUUCGGCAACUGCACCACUCGUCCCUGCCGUAUAUACAUUUACAGAGCCACACAUAUCCUGCCAACAGUGUGGAAAAGAUCACAUCGAGUAUGAGCUUCACUACAACUGCGCCCGAUGCCAUGAUGGCAAGUACAAUCUCUGUCGCCGCUGCUAUCGUCUCGGCAAAGGAUGUAAGCAUUGGUUUGGGUUUGGCUGGAGAGCCUGGCAGCUUUACGAGCGACAGGCGCCGGAAGGAGGGUAUCCGCCAGACCACGAACAUCCACAUAUCCUCGUCGGAAAUCGCUAUCGUAGGCCUUUGACGCCGCUUACCGAAUCUACAACGCCGCCGCAUGUCCUCAUGAGCGAAGACAAUCCUGAGCAACGACUAGAGGCGGGCGUUUUCUGCGACAUCUGCAAAGCUUAUGCCAAUGCAUGCUACUGGAAAUGUGAUUAUUGUAAUGAAGGUGAUUGGGGCUUUUGCAAUGACUGUGUCAAUCAGGGACGCCAUUGCACGCAUCCCCUCCUCCCCGUUGCUCAUAACCCAGCGGAAAUAGCACUGUCAACCACUGAUCCUAUAGAAUCCGCACCCUCAAACACACGGUCUGACACAGGACUUGCGCCACCAGACCACGACUCCAGUCCUACAACACCUCCCCUGACACCAAGAGCCGCAUCCAUCAUUGGCGGGCCGGGCUACUUCACCAUCGCAAAGCUCACCUUCCGGCCCUUGACAUUCACAACUCUCUGCAACAUUUGCAGGUACCCCAUCCCGCCCUCACACACACGCUAUCACUGUCUCAAAUGCAACGCGGGUGACUACGACGUCUGCAUGAGCUGUUACCGUAAAGCCAAUGUGUCAAAUCGCAUUAGCAAAGAGGACGGUCUAAAUGGUUGGCGCAAGUGUCUUCGCGGCCACCGCAUGGUCAUCAUAGGCGUCCAAGACCGAGACGGUGGGCAGAGAAGGAUAGUCGUUCGAGAGCUUGUGGGCGGAUACGCCUUGAAAGAAGACGAAGACAUGAACAUUAAUACCCAAUCGCAAGUGAAUAUACCGCCGCGCGUGGUCGACGAUAGGUGGAAGUGGUACGACCACGACGACCCAGCGCAUAGUCAGCGCAUCCCGCCCUCUUCGUCGUCACCGCGUUAUCCGCCCGAUGGCGGCGUUGGGUUGAGAUUACUGGCUGCGUGGCGGUACUGGCCUGAUGAAGGAGUCAAGGACGAGCUAGCGUUUCCUAGAGGGGCAGAGAUUAGGGAGGCGGCCGACAUUAAUGGGGAUUGGUAUUGGGGUGUAUACUGCGGGGCGAAAGGACUGUUUCCAGCGAAUCACGUUACGGCGGUAUAAUAAGAUUGGCUGCUUAUGCCCAGACAUGACAUUGAUGGAUGAAUAUAUACGGUCUUAAGAACUUGAACGAUGGCAGUGAGCUUCUGCAGGAUGGCAAAGUUGGAGUUGCCGUUAUUGAAGCGGCAGCCCUACAGUCGAAAUAUGGACUGUUGAGUCAUACGUUUCAUUACAUUAUAUCUGCAACAUCUAAUGCCAGAAUAUACACUAAAUGCUUACAGCAUGGCUGAAUCUCACUCGUCAUACCGUCUCUUGAUUGAGAUGGACCCCU